GUCAAAAUAGAGCAUAAACAAAAGGCGUAUAAACAAAAUAUUGCAGGCGUAUAAACAAAAUAUUGCAGAUAUAAACGGUUCAAUUUAUAUACCUUGUUGAAAAAAGCGCAUCUAUUUCUCUCUCAAGCAGAAGCCUUGUGAAAAACCCUAGCUGGAUUACACCAUGGCUGGUAUGUAUAGUCACGAAGGCGAUGGCACGGCUCAGCCUCCCAGAGAUAGCGGAUAUGGCGGUAGCGCCGGCGGUAGAGGUUAUGGUGGUUCCGGGGCAGCAGGAUACGGGUCCAAUGGCCGCGGAGCAUAUCCUGGUUCUGCAGGUGGAGGAUACGGAUCUGGCGGCGGAGGAGAAUAUGGAAGUUCUGCAGGUGCAGGAUACGGAUCUGGCGGUGGAGGAGGCGGAUACGGAGGAAGCGGUGGGGGUGGCGCAUACGGAGGAAGCGGUGGGGGUGGCGCAUACGGAGGAAGCGGUGGGGGUGGCGCAUACGGAGGAAGCGGUGGGGGUGGUGGUCACGGAGGAAGCGGUGGGGGAGGUGGUUACGGAGGAAGCGGCGGGGGAGGUAGUUAUGGAGGAAGUGGUGGAGGAGGGGGUGGGGGGUAUGGUGGUAAUCAGCAAAAUCGAGGAGGUGGUGGAUAUCAAGGAGGAGAUCGAGGUGGAGGUGGAAGAGGUGGAGGCGGUAGAGGAGGUGGAGGCUCUGGUGGAAGCGGUCGGGAUGGUGAUUGGCGGUGCCCUAACCCGAGCUGUGGAAAUUUGAACUUUGCUAGAAGAGUUGAAUGUAACAAAUGUGGUGAGCCUUCUCCUGCUGGUAAUGAUGAUCGUGGUGGCAGAGGUGGUAACAGUUAUAACCGAGGCGGUGGUGGUAAUAAUCGAGAUGGAAGGGGUAGGUUUGAUAGUGGAACUGGAGGAGGUGGUAGAAGCAGUGCUUAUGGUGAUAACCAGGGAAGAGAUAGCAGUGGUUAUGGUCAGGGUCCUCCUCCAGCCUAUGAUACCAGUUAUGCUCCACCUCCAAGUGGUGGUUAUGGUGGCAACAAUAACUAUUCUCCUGAUGCAGUUCCUCCUCCUGCAAGUUAUGGUGGUGGAACAACAUCCUAUCCUCCAUCGUAUGGUGCACCUGGUGGUUAUGGUGGCAAUGCUCCAGAAGAUGCCCGAGGAGGGGGUAGGUCAGUUCCUCCUGCUAGACAUGAUGGUGGGUAUAGCGGUGGUGGUGGGGGUUCCUAUGGCACUUCUGAUGACACUCCUCUAAAGGUCAAGCAAUGUGAUGAAAAUUGUGGUGAUUCUUGUGACAAUGCAAGGAUCUAUAUUUCAAAUUUGCCCCCGGAUGUGACCGUCGACGAACUUAGGGAACUUUUUGGAAGCAUUGGACAAGUUGCAAGAAUUAAGCAAAAGCGGGGCUACAAGGAUCAGUGGCCUUGGAGUAUAAAACUAUAUACAGAUGAGCAAGGAAACAAUAAAGGAGAUGCAGUUCUCUCUUAUGAAGAUCCUUCAGCAGCCCACUCUGCUGGUGGCUUCUAUAACAACCACAUAAUGAGAGGUCACAAAAUAAGUGUUGCCAUGGCUGAGAAGUCUGCUCCAAAACCUGCACCUGCAUACGGUAACAGGGGUGGCGGUAGAGGUGGAUAUGGUGGGGGUGGAGGUGAUAGACGUAGAGACAACUACAGGGAUGGUGGAGGCUCUGGUCCAGAAAGGAACUAUUCUGGUGGAAACAGAUCGCGCCCAUAUUGAAGUUUUCAACCAAGAAUGUUAUGUACUAAAUUUGUGAUGGGAGGUUUAUCUUUAAUUCAAGUCCCUGAUAUGUUCUCUCUUAGUUGGUGACUUAAAAGGUAGGUUGUUUUCUCUACUUUGAGCAAUACCCUUCUUUUGGUUAUUGCUACAUGGUGGGAGCUUUUUCCCAGUUAAAACUUGAUUGAUAUGAACUAUGUGAAUGUUUUUUAUAGAGGGCGAAUGGAUGUUCUUCAAAUUGCUGCUAAGGUAGGUUGAAAUAGUCAGGUGAGUGUUGCUCCUAACAUACAUUACUCUCAGACUAGUUUUUACAAAUGGUGCUUUAUUAUUGAAUUAAUAUAUCUUGCCUGCUGUUGGUAUUCUACAUGAGUAAAAAAUAAGCAUGUUUGUCGCGUCCUAUUUUUUUUAGGAGUGGAUGACAACAUUAUUUUAAUUUGACAGGAGGAUGGAAACAAAGCCUUUUCAUCUAGGAAAUAAAUAAAGAAGACAUUAGGGGAGAAGCAGCAGAGAUGUAAUGUUGGUUGUUAGUGUUUUUUGUCUUUAAGAGGGAGGAAACGAGAGAAAUCAAUUUUUACAGUAAAAAACAUUAUUUACCAUAUUACGUAGUACUGGUAUUAACCAGAAGAAAGAACAUUUAUUUUAAACGUUAACAAAAAAAAGAUUUAAAUGUUGGUUGUUAGAGUUAUUUGGUAUUUGAGAAGGAGGUUUCAAAUGUUGGUUGUUAGAAAGUCAAACUUUUAUGGUACAAAACUUUUAUUUAUCAUAUUAUUAACCAGAAGAAGAAUACUUAAAAGUCGAUGUGUUAAAGAAAUUUCAGAUUUCUUUUGCAUUGCUUUUGAUGCAUGGUAGAAAGAGUUAAAUGAUGUUUUCUUAUUACUUUUAAUGAUUAAGUUGUAGUAAGAACUUAAUCUACAAUAGAACAUAAUCUUAGUGACUUAAUAAUUGUUGGCUAUAAGUCAUUAGCCAUAGGGGUUAUAUCCUAAAUAUUACUAAAUUAAAGUCAUUUUCCAAAAAUGUGACUACUUCUAAAUAUGGACAAAAAAUGUGACCAACAAGGUCAUAUAUUUGGAAAAGAGUAAAUGAUCAGUUUGUUCCUCGAAGUUGCAUAAAAGGGAUCAAAUAAAUUCUUAUAGAAGAUUUUGUUUGGACGUGCCAUUUGAGGCAGUUUCAGGUGGAAUUUUUUGAUAAAUUUGUUUGAACAUCUUAUUCAUUAAGUCUAGUUUAUUCAUAUCAAAUUUUAGCUAAAAAUUCAAUCGGGAAGACAUUCAAAUGAAUUCUUGAAGAUAACUGCGCUUUUAACUGCACAUUUAUUUUGAAGAAUUCAUUUUAAUAUCUUUUCGAUUGAAUUUUUAUCUGAAAUUUGGUAUGAGUGAACUGAGCUUAAUGAGUAAGAUGCUCAAAAAUUUUAUCAAAAAAUUCUACCGGUAACCGCCCCAAAUGGCGACGGCCGUAUAGAAUCUCCUAUAUAAAGACUUAUUUGACUCCUUUUAUGCAAUUUUGAGGACCAAACUGACCCUUUACUCAUUUGGAAAAUCAUGAUGUAACUAUAAAUCUUUUGUCACUGCAAUUUUUUCGUGUCACUAUAUUAUGUCACUACCGGAUUUUAAUGCCACUUGCGAAUGUCACUAUCCGAUUUUAAUGUCACUUACGGACGUAUGAAUGUCACCAGCGAAAACAUGUCACUAUGACCGUUUCCGAUUAGUGAAAUUGUCGUCACCAACACCAUGGCCGAUCACCACCACCCCCGACUCCUACACUCGCACUCAGCCCCGCACACAAAUCCGGCAAAAACCACCGUAGACAGCUGCCACCCUCACCAUGACCAUAACGGCCUCUCCCCAACCCACGAGCCCCCUCCCUGGCCCCACCCCAACCUACUAGCUCCCUCCCCAUCUCCACCCCAACGGCCCAACCCCAGCCCCUGCAAAUCGCGGCCCAAAACCACAACACACCCCUGACCUCCAAUUGUCGUAUCACAUCACCACGCUACCACCGUCUGCCGCCACUUUCCAUCCUCUAACUCACCUCCAGCGCAACUCUGACCAUCGACAUUAAGUCCUGGAACUCUAAUCUAUCGAAUUUCCGUCGUAAUUGAAGCAAUCGCAGAUUCGCAGAUACAGAGACCAAAUUGGCAUAGAAAGGAGGAGGAGAAGAAGAAGAGUUAGGGCAGUAAUGGCAGUCGUUGCAGAUGGAGAUGUUGUCGGAGAAGAAGAAGAACGAUGCGGUGGAUGGUCGUGAGAAGAGAGAAGGCGCAGAUCCAUGGGGAGAAAAGUCGGCGCUGGUCAUUUCCUUCGCUCCAUUGCCGGUGGGUGAAAAUCGUCGCUGAGAGGGAAUAUCGCUUAGAGGGAGACACAUGUUUUUGGAAAGUGUAAAAACAGUCAUAUUUUAGUCUAUUUAAAGUGUAUUGAUAAUACUUGUGCCAUUAUUUCUUAGUCAUAUGUACUCAUGUUUAUUUAUGACUUACUUAAUUGAAGUGAUGAAUUAUUCAUCCCGUUGAUACAACUA